AUGAGAUUUGGUGGUUAUAUUCUUGAAGUUUUGGUUAACGACGUACUGUUACCUGAAAGGAUCGUAAAAGUCGAAACAGAACACAUUAAAUUUGAACCAAGUUAUUAUGUUGAUGAUAUAAGUAAACAAAAAAUUUUCUGCGAUAUGCAUCAUAUCGUAGAAGUUAAACCAAAAACCAAAUUUCAAAUAAGAUUUCGAUCAUUACAAGUAAACAAGACAAAAAUAAUACGUGGAGAUGUAGCUAUUAAUGGAGAAACAGAUCAAACUUGUAUUGAAAUGUAUAAUAAAUCAUUUCAAAUAGUUAAUGGAUUUUGGUUUAAAAAAAAAUAUCAACCUUUUAAAUUUCCAACUAAAUUAAGUUCAAUAUCAAAUAUAAUUACAAAUCAUUAUCAAUUUGGUGGACCUAAUACAAUUUCAGUUUAUUUUUAUGAAAUUGAAAAGAAAAAAUUUCCUAUAGUUAAAAAUUUAAAAAUUAGUUCAAAAAAUUAUAAUGAAUUAUUUUGGAAUGAAAGUUCUAAUUUAAAAUCUUAUGAACCUAUCGCAGUUUUACAUAUUCAUUAUAGAUCAACUUCAUGGUUCAAUUUAUUAAAUAAUAAUAAUAAUCAUUAUUAUCGUUCAAGCAAAUAUUCAAACAAACAUAUCAAACGUUCAAACAAAGUUAUUAAAAAAGAAACGUUCCCAAUCAGAAAAAAACGAAGAUUUUUGGAAGAAGAAGAGAAUGAUAACAAUUCGAAAAUUUUAGUAACUUCAUCCAUUCCAUAUCGUAAUAAGAGAAGAAGAGAGAAGAAGAAUUAA